AUGCAGACAUCUUCGACAAUAAGUGAUGAAAUGGACUAUCUCCAAAUGCUGACCGUGAUGAAGACGGAAUCGGGAGUUGGUGGAUCACGACCUAGUCGGGGAGCAGUCUGCCCGCCUUCAACGGACAAGGUCUUCAUCGUUGGUGGUGGUCCCGUUGGACUGGCUCUCGCUCUUGAUCUAGGGCGGCGAGGGUCGCGUUCGACGCUCAUUGAACGUAACAGCGGUACAGGCACCGAGUUUCUGGUUAAGGCCGACUAUCUGAAUGAGCGAAGUAUGGAGAUUUGCCGAACACUCGGGCUUCGAGAUGAAAUCGCCAAUGCUGGCUUCCCCGACGACGUCUCAAGGGAUACAGUAUUCUGCACGUCGCUCAAUGGCUAUUUUAUCGGUCGUUUAGAGAUGCCUUCUACGCAAGAUCGAAUGCUUCCUUCAUCCUGUCGAGAGAUGCACAGGAGGUGUCCACAAUUUUGGUUUGACCCGAUACUCGCCCGAGCUGUUGCCCGGCAAGGGAUGACAAGCAUCCAGUACGGCACCGAGUUUGUCAGUCUCGAGCAGGACAACACGGGAGUGACUUGUCGAGUUAGGCGAGGCGAGGAUGGCGCGGAUGAAGAGAUCCGUGCAGAUUAUCUCGUGGGCUGUGACGGUCUCGCGAGUCGGGUCCGCAAGGCUGUCGGCAUUGAGUGGAGCGGUCUUCAACUUGGCUAUUCUGUCAGCGUGAUUGUCAAAGUCGACAACCUCGGUCAAUAUCACCCCCUGCGGAUGGGUGAGCGAUAUAUGUUCAUUGGCCCAGAAGGUGUCUGGUCGAAUCUUACUGCCAUUGAUGGGCGUCAAUUGUUUCGAUUCACUGUGGUUGGCUCGGAGGAGAAGCCGGACCCUGCACAGGUUGAUAUGUAUGGCUUGGUCCGCAGAGCAUUUGGCCGAGAUGACAUCCCUGGCGGCGGAAAGAUGAUCGCCGGCCUUGAGCAGGAGUUUCGCUCUCUGGGUAUCGCCAUGGGCUAUGAGUAUUCUGCUUCGCCAGCGAUCGCCGUUGAUGGUUCACCUGCACCCCCGGACGAGCCCAGCACGUACACUCAGAUAUCACGACCUGGUCAUCGCGCACCGCAUUGCUGGCUGGACCGCGAUAAAUCCAUCAUAGAUCUGUACGGCACAGGAUUUGUUUUGCUUGGCUUUGGUGCUGGUGAUCUGGGUGAAGAAAAGCUACUCCAUGUGGCGAGCUAA